UAUUUGUGGUACGAGCCUGUGCUAGAGCUCCCGAAGCCUACGCCUGUCCCUCUGCUGGCAGUGCAUGUCGAGGCCACCCUGCAGGACCACUGCGCACGCGUCGAGAUACGGCAGACCUUUGCCAACCAGGAGGACACGCCCAUUGAAGCCACGUACCAGUUCCCGCUCGAGGAGGCCAACUCAGUGUGCGAGCUUCACGCCGAGAUCGACGGACGCAAGGUGACGGGCGUGUGCAAGCGGAAGGAAGAUGCGCUCAAUGACUACGACGAUGCGAUCGCCUCGGGGCACGGAGCCUACACACUCAACCAAGACGACAAGGACAUGCUCAAGCUGGCCGUUGGCAAUUUGCCACCCAAGGCUGUGGUCGUCGUCACGGUCGUGUAUGUCACCGAGCUCAAAUUCCACAACGGCGCCACGGAAUGGAUCCUGCGCUCCAACUCCAGGACACAGUCCAAUUUCUUCAAGACGAAGGUGGCCUACAACAUUCCUGAUAUCUCCAUCCACGCCAGCUUGGAUAUGAGCAAUAAUAUCGAGAGCGUGGCGUGCCCAUCGCACACGAUCGAGUACACUGCGGGUGAGAUCCCGGGCGAAGGCUCCGCCAAGCUGGUGCUCGCAGAUGCCUCCCAGACGAGGCAGCUGGACAAGGACUUCGUUCUUCUCGUUCAUCUCGCCGAGUCCAGCGGAAGUCUGGCACGUCUGGAGGAGAACGACAACGGGAAGCUGUGUGCCAUGGUGGCCGUCCAGCCCAAGCUGGAAUGGCCCGAGGGGGUCAAGCUGAACAGUGAGAUCGUCGUCAUCGUCGACCGGUCGGCGAGCAUGGCCGGGAAACGCAUCGCUCAGGUCAGAGACAGUUUGCAGCUCCUGAUUCGAAGCCUCCCCGAAGGCGUACUGUUCAACAUCGCUGGGUUCGGCUCGAGAGUCGACUUUCUAUUCAAGGACGGGUCGGUGGAGUAUACGCCCGAGAGCUUCCAGAGCGACAGUUUGCAGCUCCUGAUUCGAAGCCUCCCCGAAGGCGUACUGUUCAACAUCGCUGGGUUCGGCUCGAGAGUUGACUUUCUAUUCAAGGACGGGUCGGUGGAGUAUACGCCUGAGAGCUUCCAGCGCGCGACCAAGUAUGUGUCGGAGAUGAAGGCGAACCUGGGCGGCACGGACGUGUUGAAGGUGCUCGAGAAGGUCGCCCAGAGCCAGCCCAAGCCCGGGCAGCUCCGCCAGAUCCUGCUCCUUACCGUGUUUACGUUUGGUAUCGGCGCCGAUGCGAGCGAAGAACUGGUCCGCGGCCUGGCCGAUGCCGGUAACGGUGUCGCCGAGUUCCUCGACUGGGGCUCGGCUGCGGUGGAGCAAGUCACGCCCGCGCAGUUGAAGCCGCUGUUCUCUGGGGAGCGCCUGACCGUGUAUGCCUUUCUUGCCGAUGACAACAAGGACGAGGCAUGCAAUGUGGAAGUCACUCUGCGUGGGUCGCUCUGCGCUCAGCCUUGGGAGACCAAGAUGAAGCUGCCCAAGAGGCCUCGCAAGGGUGCCACCUUGCAUGCGCUCACCGCCAAGCAACUCAUCAAGGAGCUGGAAGUCGCAGACGAUCUGGUCGACCACGAAGAGGACAUCAUUACACUCUCAGAGACCUACUCAGUCCUUUCGCGCUACACGACCUUUGUCGCAGUCGAGGUCCUAUACCGCUAUACCGCCCUGUGUGAACGAGACGAAGCGACGGAGGGGACUAUGCAGUUGCGCAAGGUGGAAGCCACCUCCGUUGCUCAGGCCGCAGACGCGGUCGGCUUGGAUGUCAUGCGCGAAUACUCGACGCUCGCUUCAAUCCCCCGCCUCGAGGCUCAGAAUGAUCUGAUCAGCUGUCGUCCGUUCAGCCAGAAGAGUAAGAAGGCGAAGGGCGGGCUGGGGCUGCCCCGCCUCGGCCUACCGUCCUGGGCUUCAUUCGCCAGGCCCGCGCCGCAGCACCAGGGCACACGGCUUCACCACGAGGCCGAGGCCGGCAUCUCCGCCCUGCUUCCUCGCUCGGCCUCGGUCUCGCCCUCGCCGGCUCCGCCCACCUCGCCCUCGGCGUCGGCGUCGGCGCCUAACGCCGAAAGGAAUGAGAAGGACUCAUCGUCGAUCGCUGCGGCCGACCAGAAGCGCGCGGCGCGGGAGAAGCGCAAGGUCCAGGGUCAGCUGAUGAAGGCGCUGGAGGAGGAAGUCAUCUCGAAGAAGCUCGAUGAGAGGCGCCACUCCCGCCGCCGCGAGAGCCAGCACCACUAUCAACACGCCGACGCGAGGGGAGUCCCCGAAAGCGCGGGCGCGGGAACGCUUAACAUGAAUCAGAAGAACUCCGACAAGGGCAAAGAGAGGCGCGACGAAUUCGAAGACGACGAAGAAUCGAGCGAAUCCACCGUUCCCGGCCAGAAAGAGAGUGGAAAGGACAAGCCAAAGCCCAAGGCCAAGGCCACGGCGCAGGCUGACGGCGGGCGGUCCGACACGGCGCUGCCGGGUCCGCCGCCGCCGGAGAUGAGGGCGCUGGUGUUGGCUCAGAGAUUCGACGGGAGCUGGACUGCGGAGGACCUGCUGCCGCUCCUCCCGCCCGCCCUGUCCGAGAAGGAAUUCAAGGACGCGCUGGCCCGCGCACUGCCGGACGCCGGCGGCAAGAAGCGCAGCAAGAGCACCGGCGGCAAGUCCCCAAGGGUACGCAACGCGGUCUACGUAAGCAAGGUGAGGGCUGGCAACUGA